UCAAGUCUCACCGGAUGAGAAGUUGAGAACAGGGAAGCAUUGAUGUCCCGUCGAUGCCAUUGGCACGUGAGACCAAUUAGCACAGCCAAGCAACUGUUGAUUACUCAGCUAAUCAGACUGUAAACCAAGGGCUCCUCCGGGGUAAAAUACAUCCUCGGCCCCUAUUAAUAAACCCCUCACACUCUUCGGCCGCAGCACACACGCGCGCGCGCACACGCAAGAACCGCCAAGCAAAAGCAAGCAAAGGGCGGAGGGGACAGGCGAGAUCGAGAUGAAGGUGGAGGUGGUGGACACGAGGCUGGUGACGCCCAGCGAGCCGACGCCGCGGCACACGCUCUGGCUCUCCAACCUCGACCUCGCCGUGCCCAAGACGCACACGCCGCUCGUCUACUACUACCCGUCGCCCGCCGGCGACGGCGACGGCGGCGAGAAGGAGGCGGAGGGGUUCUUCGCGCCGGAGAGGCUGCGGGAGGCGCUGGCGAGGGCGCUGGUGCCGUUCUACCCGCUGGCGGGCCGGAUGGCGGCGGGCCCCGAGGGCCGGCUCGAGAUCGACUGCAACGGCGAGGGCGCGCUCUUCGUCGUCGCGCGGGCCGACUUCACCGGCGACGAGAUGUUCAGGGACUUCGAGCCCUCCCCGGAGGCGCGCCGCCUGCUCGUCCCCUUCGCCGCCUCCGGCGACCCGCCCUGCCUACUCGCCAUGGUCCAGGUGACGUUCCUGAAGUGCGGCGGCGUGGCCGUGGGCACGGGCAUGCACCACGUGACCAUGGACGGCGCGGGCGCGAUCCAGUUCAUCCGGACGUGGACGACCCUGGCGCGCGGGCUGGACGCCGCGUCCGUGUACCCGACCCCGCCGGUGCACGACCGCACGGUGCUGCGCGCGCGCUCUCCCCCGCACGUCGCGUUCGAGCACCCGGUCUACUCCCCGAGCAACCUCAACGGCCUGCCCCGCCCCUUCGUCACCCGCGUCUACGCCGUCUCGCCCAAGCUCCUCGCCGGCAUCAAGUCCAGCUGCGCGCCCGGCGUGUCGACCUACUGCGCGCUCACCGCGCACCUGUGGCGCGCCAUGUGCGUGGCCCGCGGCCUGGCCCCCGACGCCGAGUCGCGGCUGCGCGUGCCGGCCAACAUCCGGCAGCGCCUGCGCCCGCAGCUGCCGGCCAACUACUUCGGCAACGCCAUCGUGCGGGACCUCGUGACGGUGCGCGUCGGCGACGUGCUGUCGCAGCCGCUGGGGUUCGUGGCGGAUCGGAUCAAGCGCGCGGUGGCGCGGGUGGACGACGCGUUCGUGCGGUCGGUCAUUGACUACCUGGAGCUGGAGUCGGAGAAGGGCAGCCAGGCGGCGCGCGGGCAGUUCAUGCCGGAGACGGACCUGUGGGUGGUGAGCUGGCUGGGCAUGCCCAUCCACGACGCCGACUUCGGCUGGGGCUGCCCCAAGUUCGUGGCGCCGGCGCAGAUGUUCGGCAGCGGCACGGCGUACGUGACGCAGGCGCCCGACAAGGACGACGGCGUGUCCGUGCUGUUCGCGCUGGAGCCCGAGUACCUGCAGUGCUUCGAGAAGGCCUUCUACGGGGAGUGACUGACCGGCGACCGACGCCGACCAAGGGCGGCGGUGGCAGUGAUGCGCCGCCCAUGUGCUGUAUCAUAAUGCACCAGAUGCUGCGGAAGUGUUAAGGUUGCUGCUUGUUUCUCGCGCCUUUCUUCGCCACUCUACUGAAUACUAUGUGACAUUCUGGUCUAACUAUUAUCUAUACAAAGUCUAAAUGAAAAUGGCCUCAGAUUUGGCCGUAUCUUACUUGCA